UGGCUUUUGUUUUGGGUUCAAAUCUUCGAGGGUAAAUUUCUGGGUUUGCUCUCGAGGUUUUAAUUGAGUCGCCAUGGAAGAACACGACAAUGUUUCUGGAGGGGUUUCUUCGAUUCCCAGAUCCGACUUAAAGAUCGGAGGCGAUGAAUUGGACGAAAGACAGGAGUUGAGUAAAAUUCAACCUGUUACACCAACUUUAAAUUCCGGUAACACUGGUCAUGCUUCUAAAGACACUGAAAAAGCCAAUGAAAUGUCUCAAGUUGGUAAAGUUUCAGAGAGUUUUGUUAAAGAAGGGAUGACUAAUAAGACUGAACUGUUGGGUCAAGAGGUUAAGUCUUCUUCCAGUAAGCUUGUUCACAACACAGAUGUUGAUUCUGAUAAGCGAGCUUUGCUUAAGAGAUGUGAUAAUGCGGAUGCUGUUUCCAGCUGCUUGAAUGAUGAUUUAACAUCGGUUUGCUCCUCUAGGAGACACGAGACAUGUAGUUCAAAGGAUGUUAAUUCAGAGUGUGGGAGUUCCAAUGGCCCUGUUGCGAAAAGAGAUCCAAUGAAGGUCUGGACAGAAAUGAAACAGAACGGGUAUCUCUCUAAUCCGAACGGUGGGAUGUCAACGACAUCAAGCAGCUGUCUCGUAUCAUCUUCUCAUGGAGGGAUACCAGCUCCAAGGAAACGUGGACGCAAAAUCAAGAAUAAUAAUGACGCUGCAAUGGCGAAGAAGAGAAAGAUAGAGAUUGCAAGGAAGGAAGAAGUUGACAGGUUUGCUAGGCUAGCUGCUCCUAGUGGACUGCUUAAUGAAUUGAACCCUGGAAUUAUUAACCAUGUGAGAAACAAAAAGCAAGUACUUUCCAUUAUUGAAAACAUUGUCAAGUCUGAAAGAGAUGCUGGAAACUUCCAUCAUUCUACAUUGAGGCAUAGUAAUAGUGCAGUUGGGAGUCCUAGGAAAAACUUGGGAGAUGUGAACACUAAUGCCUUCAGAUCUGAUUUUAACCAAGGAUUCAAGUAUGCCAUGCCAGAGGAUAAGUACUCUAUGCGCUACUACGAUGAGAAAUGCGCAGAUGAUGAGUUCAGUGAAGAAAACAUUACAGCUAGGUCGAGGUUUCAGGUGGCAGGUAAGUUCUCAGAAAAUGCCAGUUCCUUGUCGAGCGAGGACGCAUCAGAUCUUAACAGUGCUAGUGUUCUCACUGUUAAUGCGGCUACUGUAGCUUCUCAAUGGUUGGAAUUGCUUCAUCAGGACCUCAAAGGCCGUGUUUCCGCUCUUCGGCGUAGCAAGAAGAGGGUUCGUGCAGUUGUCACGACAGAGCUACCUUUCUUAAUAACGAAAGAGUUUACACCUGAUCAAGAAAAUGACCCAACUUUACUCCUCGAUGGGGCUUCAAGGGCUUCAACAGUCGAUGUCCACAAGACCAGAUGGAUGACUUUGUUUAAGCAACUCGAACACAAGCUAUCAGAAGAAGAGUCACAAUUGGAAAGCUGGUUAAACCAAGUGAGAUAUAUGCAAUCACAUUGUGAUCAAGGUCUGCAACACUUGAGCUUGAGUUCUGGACAGAAUUUCCUACAGUUAGGGAUGCCACUGGACUCUAGAGCUGUAAACGCGCUGAUCUCAGAUAAGGAUUUAGUCAUUAAAGCAGCUGCAGCCUCUAUAUUCUCGACCUGCAGUUUUCUGGAGGAGAACAUAACCUGUAGCUGAAAUCCUUUAAACCUCUGACCAGUAUCUGAUUUAAGCUUUUUAGUUGAAAACUUUCAUAGCAGAGUUUUUCUUUGUACGAUCCAUCUGUAACACUAGGAGCAAUAUGCUCAUCAGCCUUUUCUUUUCCUUUUUCCUUUUAUAGAUUCAUUUUUCAGCCAUUUGUUUUACAGUAUGCUAAAUUAGUUAAGAUUCUGAAAGUUAUAAACAUCUCUUCUUGAA